AUGUUAAAUUAAACAUUAAAUGACGCUUAAAUAGUGGCUGGAAUUGAUAACUUGAAACAGAAAGUAUUUUGCUAAUAUCUAUUUUUUAAGAAUCAUUGUGUAUUUAAUUAUGAACUCUAUAAUAAUUGUGAAAAACCACUGUUGUUGAUGUGCAACCAAUAUUUGGCCGUCGAUUAUAAAUUAAAAUGGAAAGUAUUUUUAAGUUAUGUGCACACUUUAGGUAUUAAAAAUACAUAUUUAUUAGGGUUGAAGGUGGAUCAAUAAUUUUAUAUGAAUUUAUAAAAAAUUUAUGAGCAAAUUUUUGCUCAUUGUUAUGAAGAAGAUAUUAUUGAAUUAUAGUCUGAAUUUGGUAAACCUGUUGAAGGUUAUCAAGAUAAUCAAUUAUAAGAGCUUUUCUUCAUGUUUUCAAAAUGUUCACCUUUUAAUAAUGAUGCUAAAACUGGAAGAUUUCUUAAAAUUGGUGCAUCAUUGUAGCCAGAAAAUUUAGAUGAUAGAUCCACCGUAGUUGCUGUUCAAUUAUUCCGAAAAUUUUUUCUCUAAUAUGCUGAUUAUAACUUUAAAGUAAAGAACAAUAUAAAUUUCAGCAACCAAACCCAUUUCAUAUAAUUAAAAACAGCAACAAUAUUCAUUAUGACACUACAGUUUUUAGGGAGAAGAUAGUCAAUAUAUUGAUAAAGAAUGAAGACUUUUUAAAUUACAUAGAAUAACACACCUCACUAUUUUAGAAUCAAACCUUUUUUGAUCAAUAAAAGAAGUUAGAACUUCAAAAGGAGAUUUUGAUGAAGUUUCUCUAUGAAAAUACAGAUUUAAAUCAUUUUAUAAUAAUGGUAUAUGAUUUAUUGAACAAAGUAACAGAAGGAGAAUUCAAUUCAACACUUAUACUAAAACACAUUUCAUUAUAAAUUCUAGAUCCAUUUAUACAUCCACUUGCAUUAUCAAUAUGCGAUUUUUAUGAAUAAAUUUUAGAAGAAUAUGAAGGGACAGAGGAUGUCACAUAAUUGAAAGAAAAGUAUCUGCCAAAAAUAACAUUUUUGAAUAUGGAUGGAUUUGAUUCUGAAUUCAAUUAUAAAUUAUUGGAUAAUUAUUCAAAUUCUUGCCAAUAUAUAUCAGUAUUGGAUGAAAUGUUGGAUUGUGAUGAUAAUUCUUAAAUGUUUGAUUUGGUGACUAAAGACAAGAGUUGCUUCAUGUAAGCUAAAAACUCUUAUAUUAUCCCAAUUAGAUAAUGUCAUAAAUAAAAAUAGUUAAAUGAUAUGCAUUUUAGACACAUCUUAGAUCUACUUGUUUAUCCCUUAAUAAAAUCAUUCUAGCCUUAGGUUAUUAUUUUUAGUUAUUCAUUUGCAUAUUUUAAUCAAGAAUCUGAUAUUCAAUUAUCUUCUAAGUUAUUUACAGAAAUCACAACUCAUCUAUCAUUAAUUAGUAAUUAUAAGGUAAUUUUUCUACCUAGAAUUUUAUCAUCUGGAGUUUAAAUUUAAGAUCAUAGAUUUGAAAUUGAACUCUUAAAAACUGACCAUAAAAAUAUUGUAUACUAUUUGAAUAUUUAUUCAACUCAUAUUUAGUAAAGUUUUAAAUUUUUACAUCCAUCUAAUUAAUAACAUUGUGAAUUAUCACAUUAUGCAAAUAAUGCUAUGAAAAUAGUUAAGAGCAAUAGUUUUUAUGAAAAAAAAAAGUAAGGUAACAUUAUACACUAUUAUUUAAAUAAAGAAAAAGAAAGAUAUAUGUUUGAAAUAUUGUCAGGUUUUCUUGAAUCCUGUAGAAGUAAUUAUAAUUUUAGUUAUCUUUAGAAUCUUACCUAUAAGAAGUUAAGGAUAAGGAUAAACGUAUGUAAGAUCCAAAUCUUUAAUGCUAGGAUUUGAUAUAAUAUAAGUUAUCAUAUGUCAAACUUUUAGAUAAAUUAUUUCAAUUCCACGAAAAACAUUUUUUCAGUAAUUUGUUUAAAUCAACUUAAUAAUAAAUACAUACAUAUAAAUUAUUGUUUAAAUAACAUUAAAAGACUAAAAGAAGAGAGGAUUCUUAAUUUGUUUCCUUUUUAGCAUAAGAUUUAAAAGAUUAUAUUUAUGUAAUAGAUAAUUUUGUUAAUAGUAAAUAUAACAUAUUUAUAAUAGAUGAACCUUAAUUAUUAUAAAUAAAUUUAAGAAAAUUAUAAUCUCCAGUUUAUAUACACAAUAGAUUAACUUAGUACUUUGUAAAUUAUAAAUUGAAAAGUAUACUUUUUAUAAAUGUUUUAUCAUUUAUUGAUAUCAGAGAUAUUGUAAUUGUAAGAUGUUAUUAAAAGCUAAUAGAUUUAAAUAGGAUUCAUACUAAGUAUGUUUGGUGAAUUAUGAAAAAUAUCUUAAUCCUGUUUAAAAAAUUAAUUAAAUUUGGGCAGAAAUAGAAGUUAUACAUGAAACCACUGAGUAACCUGUAUUUUUUAGAUCUUUGUGUUUUGAUAAAUAAAAGAAUAAUAUUUAUUGCAUUUAUGGCAAAGAGGCUAAAAAUAACACAUUAUGUGAUUCGAUUGACAUAUUCAAUUUUGAAAAAGUAUCAAAAUAAAUAUAAAUUUAGCAAACAUUUACAACCAUUUAUAGAGACAAAAAUACAAAAAAAGAGAGUGACACUUAUUUUGCUAGAGCAUAUGCUUCAUCUGUUGUAUUCCCAAUUAAUCAAUAAAUAAAAAAUUAUUCUGAAGUAUGGACUUUUGGAGGAUCAUUCCUGUAUAUAUUUUAAAUAAAGUUAGAGGGCAUUAUAAUCAAGAAUUCUAGAAUAUGGGAUUUUGCAACCUAGUAGAAAGAAUAUUUAUAAGUGAAGGGUCUUAUCGAUCUGAAAAAAUCAAUAAGGAAUAAAUUAUUCCAUUGUCUAUGAGACCUAUGUAUGGAUCUUUGAUGUUAAGUGUAUAGUAAAAUAUUUUAUUUAAAUUUAUAGAGACAAUGAUGAAUCUGCUAUUUUGAUAAUUGGAGGAUCUUAAAAUGAAUUGCUUGUAAAUAUUGAAAAAUAAGAAUAUAUUGGAUAUAAAUUUCAACAAAUUGAUAAUCAUUAUUAUGUGAGUGCUAUUACUAAUCUUGGAUAAAAGAUCAAUCCCAUAAGUUUCUAUUCACAAAAUUAAAAUAUUUAUUCUGAUCAAGAUAAGAUUUAUAUUUUAAAUGAUGCCACUCAAAUAUUAGGAAAAUCAUAUAGGUUCAAUAAUUAAACAAACGAAUUAGAAGAAACUGAUCCCUUUUCUCCUUAUGGUAUAUUAAGCUUAACUACCCUUAAGAUUUCAAACAAUUUAACAUCGUCGGAGUUUUUUUAGAAAAGGAGAAUAUCUAUUAUAGGUAUUGAUGCUAAAAAUGACAUAUUGAAUGCCACUUAAGUUAUAUAGCCUUUUGCUCAAAUGCAUAAGGCAAUGAAAUUCUUAUAUAAGGAAUAAGAUAAUAUGAAUUAUUAAGCAAGAAUAAUUUUUUAAGAUAAUAAUGAGAUAGUAGGCUUAAUUAAAAAUUUUUAAUUAACCAAAUACAUUUAUUUAUAUGUAAAUAUCAAAUAAGAUGAAAAUAUACAUGAAGGCUACCUAAAGCCAUGUUCAAUGUGUGUUAGUUAUAAAAAUAAAAGUCUAUAUUUGCUUACUACAAAUAUUGAAAAUGGAUUUGUCUAUUUUACUAUUUACAGUUAUCAAAUAAAUUAAUUGAUUUAAGAUAUUAAUUUAUCUUUAAAUAAUAAUAACAAAAAAUUAGUGUUAAAUGUUUACACCAUUUUUGCUAAAGUUGUAAUGCAUAUGUCAAACAAUGUGGAAAAGAUUUUUAAGCAAUUAACCUGUGACAAUGAAAAUCUAUAUUUGAUUGGGGGAUAUAUGGGACUUAUUUAUUAAUAAAAUGAUUUAGAUUUAUUAUUGCUUCAAGGAUAACAAACAUAUAAGUAUCAUAAACAUAUAGAGAAUGUCAAUAAUAAUAAUUUUAAAAUUCCUUUUGAUAAUCCUGAAUAAUAUUCAAAAUAUGGAUAAAGUAAUAAGUAUAUGUAUGAGUCUCCAUAUAUUAUUUGGACUAAUUCAGACCAAAUUUUAAUCAUAGAAAAAGAAUUUAAAUAGAAAUAUUUUAGUGAAGUAAUUGAUCGAGUUCAUCAUGAUUUUAAAAUUUGGAUAACUAAAUUUGAAAUCUAAAUUAAUGAAACUUGGGAAUAAGGAAUUUUAGUUCUUCCAUCUUUUUUACUUUCUAAAGCAUAUGUAGAAAUGACAUCUUAAGUUAUCACUGAUAAAUUGAAAGAAUAAAUAUAACAUAGAAAAUUGGAUUUGUUUCUACAAAAUACUAAUACCGAAGUAUUAAAUUAAUAUAAUUUAAAUAGUUUGAAACUAUUGUCAAAAUAGUUGAUUAUGUUUCGAUUGAUUAACGAAUAAUAUUGACAUGUGCUGUUUAAGUUCUAAAUUUUAUUUAAAUGCUGAGCUUUGAAUUUUCCAUUGAAAAUUAAGAGGAGUAUUUAUUAUAAUACAAAUAUAAUGGAACUCAUUAAUAACAUUAACUUGCUCGAAGAUAUUCAGUUCCAAUUUUUAUCCCCAAAGUUACACUUUUGGUAACAACUCAAAAAUAAGCUAUUAUUGAUGGAUAUUAAAUUUAUGAUCCUGUGAAUGAACAUUAAACAAUCAGAUAAUAAAAUUAAAGUUAAAUCAUUGUUAAAAUGAAAGAACAAAUAAAAGUUUAUAAUCUAAUUCCCUAAACCUGA